AUGGCUGUCAACAUUGCUGGGUUAAUCUCUGUCCUGGUGUUCUAUAUUCUCAUCCUCGUCAUUGGCAUCUACGCCGGAAGGAAGAGCAGCAAGUCAAAGAGUCUAACAGAGAUCUUCCUGGCAGACAGAAAGAUGGGCACCGUUGUGUCCCUGUUCACUAUCACAGGUGGCUACUUCUUUUGCCCAAAGAUGAGACGUGCCAACUACGUGACCAUGUUCGACCCCUUCCAGGACAGAUACGGCACACGUGUCGGUGCACUCAUGUGCAUCCCCCAGUUCCUUGCGGAUCUCUUUUGGGCGGCAGCCAUUCUCUCGGCCCUAGGAUCCACCGUACAUAUCAUCCUGGACAUGGACAAGACGCUGUCCAUCGUCAUGUCUGCAGUCAUCGCCGUCCUGUACACCUUCCUGGGUGGACUCUGGUCAGUCGCUUGGACGGACGUUGUUCAGCUCAUCUGCCUGGCCGUGGGUCUGGCAAUAGCUGCUCCAUUCGCCCUGAUGCAUCCGGCGGUUGACCUCACCAGUAUUCAAGACACAUGGCAAGGGGAGAUAACUCCUGGACAGAUAGGAAUUUUCAUUGACGUCUACUGUCUCAUCGUCCUAGGAGGUACAACGUGGCAGGUCUGA